AUGCCUUCUCGGCCCAACUUACCAUCCCGCAAGACCUUUAUCAAAGACCUUAUGAUAUCUGUUGCUCCAUCUUCAGCAGACAACUACUGCCCGAUACGCAAAGAAGAAUAUGACGAAAAGCACCUCCCUACCCUUCUCCGACCCUGCGGUCACAUCUUCGGAAAACAAUGUAUACAUUCGUGGUUUGUGGAGGAUAUCAACACUUGUCCUCUGGAUAGAAACCAGCUCUUUGACCCAUCUACGCAUGACGAGAAAGAUGAAGCUGGCCCGUCACCUCCAGUCGGUGAGGCUUCAACCCAACGGAACAGCGCCAGGUUUAGCAACGCGAGAAGAAGCGAAGGCUUCCGUGGAAGGAGUCGGAGCAUGGGCUAUCUGCUGUGUCUUAGCGGUGAAAUCAUUGCAGUAGAUGGUUACGUAACACCCAACGGAUGUCGUCGCCUGGUGCGCGAUCUCUGGUAUCAAGUUGGCAUUUUGUUCGAACACUUGCUGAUUCACCCUGACGAGCUUGAUCCUCUCUCAGUGAGCGAUGACGAGAUUCGUAGCUCUAUUCUUGACGCACUACCACGAGGCAUUCAUGUUGAUGAAACAGCAUGGUCGGCAAUGGCACAUAUAGCGAGGAUCAUGUUGAAUCGUCAUAGCGAGGCAUAUGCGGAGAGAUUUGAUGCGAGGAUGACGGUUGAGGAUGCAAUAAGCUGGGGACAAGACAUCUGGGAUGUUUGUGGCCUAGACAGUACUGAAGAGUGA